GUCUAGUAUUUCUUCUGAACACUGGACUAAUUUUAUUUUUGCAACACCAAAACCAGUAUUUGUUUUUGCUAAACCUACUGAAGAAGUAAGUCAAAAUGCUUAUAAUAUUGCUAAGGAUAUAGAAGAUAUUAUAGCAACUAUAGAUAAGUCUAAACUUUGUGCUAUAAUAACUGAUAAUGCCUCAGUUAUAAAAAAAUCUUGGAAAAUUUUAAGUAAUAUUUUUCCUAAUAUUAUUUAUAUGGGUUGUUUAGCACAUAAUUUAAAUCUUAUUAUUCAAGAUAUUAUGAAAUUAAAUUGGACUAAAUCUAUUUAUAAAAAAACAAAAGCUAUUGUUAAAUUUUUUAGAAAUCAUCAUAUUCCUGCAGCUAUUUUUAAACGUCAUCAGCAAAUACAAGAAUCAAAAGUUUCACUUAAAUUACCUGCAAAAACUAGAUGGGGUUCUUUUUUUAUCUGUAUGGAAUCAGUUAAAGUUAAUCAUAUUGCAAUUA